AUGAAUAUUAACAGCAAUAGCAAACCUACACUAUAAGAAUAUUUGGAUAAAUUAAAGCAAAUUCAGGAUGCUAAUAAUCGUAGAUUAAGUCAGGCAAAAUCCUAAUCAAAUACUUCCAAAACCAUGACUCCAAAACCUGUCUCAUAAUUAAAAUAGCAGACCAAAUCAUCUACCGAUCGUUCUCAUUCAACACAUAAACUACUGCCUUUUUUUUAAAAUAGGAAAGUAUCAGGUUCAAAAAGAUAAACAAGUCAAGCAGAUGAACCUAAAAUCCCAAUUUCAAGUUAAUUAAUUACAAAGACAGUAGAAGCAUUAUCUCCAAGAACUACAGAGUUGGAAGACAUUAAAAAAUAAUUAAACCAAUGGUUUAUAAAGGAAAGCAAAAAUAAUAAUACUGGAGGUUGUCUUUAACUUUUGGAACCAACACUUGUUCAUAACAUACUUAAAUUACCUCCAAGACAAAAGAUAAAUCCAGAACUUAGAGCAUCAUUAACAUCCAAAGACAUCUCAGAUAAUACAGCUUUGCAUUAUGCAGCGAAGAAUGGAAAUGCUUAGUUAACUUCUGCCUUAAUAUUUAAAUAGAUUCCAAUUGAUAUGCCUAAUAAGGAUAUCAAGACCCCUCUUAUUUUAGCAGCCAUUCAUGGUUAAGAAGAAGUUUUUAUGAUUCUUAUGAAUGCUGGAGCAGAUAUCAAUUAUCAAGACUCUGUAGGCAACACAUGUUUACAUUAUGCAUGCAAAAAUGAGUAAAAGUCCAUAGUGUAAUUACUUUUGAAACGAUAAUCAAUAAAAUUUAAGUAUAAUAAGGAAAAUAAAACUCCAGAUUCUUAUGCUGUUAAUGAAGAAAUUAAAUAAUUAUUUAGAAAUUAUAAUGAGGAUUUUAAAAAAUAAUGUAUGAUUUUUUGUAUUAUUUUAGAGUAAAAAAUGAACAUGGUCUAAAUAUAAAAUACAUAGAAUGAUGUAAUUUUGAAAAUGUUUUAGAAUAAAAGGGGCUAAUUAAAUUCUUAGUUAUAGCAAUAAUAACAACUAACUUAAGCUUCUGCUUAAACUCCUCUUCAAAUAGCUAGUUAUUCCUGUAAAAAUUUAACAAAUGUAAAUAAGCAAUCAUCCUCUCCUAAUAAUCGUACCUAACAAGAUAUAAAAUAAGAAAGGUUUAAUAAAAUCAAUUCAACUCAUUCAUCAAAAUAAUAAUUAACAACAACAAUUUCAACCAAUUCAGAUUCUAUCAAAAACAAAGAAGAUGAUAAAAUUGGUCCUUAAUAAUUUUAAGUUAUUGGUUUGAUUGGUAAGGGCAGUUUUGGAGAAGUUUAUUUAGUCUAAAAAAGUAAUCAGUUAUAUGCAAUGAAAGUACUUCAUAAAAAUAGAAUAAUGAAACAUAACUUGACUAGGUAUGCUUUGACUGAAAGAAAUGUGUUAUCGAUUACGUCUCAUCCAUUUAUUGUGAAACUUAGGUUUGCAUUCUAAACAUAAGAUAAAUUAUUCAUGAUUCUAGAUUAUUGCCCUGGAGGAGAUUUAGGAGAAGUAUUAUAAAAGUAAAAGAGACUUCCAGAAAACAUUGUUAAAAACUAUCUGUGUGAAAUUGUUCUAGCCUUAGAAGACUUACAUAAAAGGGAUAUAAUUUUUAGAGAUUUAAAACCUGAUAAUAUAGUAUUAGAUAGUGAAGGACAUGCAUUAUUAACAGAUUUUGGACUAUCAAAAGAAGGUAUUUUGGAACCAAGCACAGGAGCAAGAUCAUUUUGCGGAUCCGUUGCCUAUCUUGCACCGGAGAUGCUGAAAAGAAGUGGACAUGGAAAAGCUGUAGAUUGGUAUUUAUUGGGCGUUGUAAUGUACGAACUUUUGGUUGGGUUACCACCUUAUUAUGCCAAUAAUAGGGAGGAACUAUUCUAUAACAUAGAAAACGCAUCAUUAAAAAUACCUUCUUACAUUUCACUUGAAGCUAGAAAUCUAUUAAAAGCAUUAUUACAAAGGAAUCCUGCUAAACGUUUAGGCUCAGGAAAGGGAGACUCAGAAGAAAUUAAAGCACAUCAAUACUUUUAUGAUGUUGAUUGGGAUAUUGUCUAUAAUAGAGAACUGCCUUUGCCUAAGCCAAAUAGAAAAAUUAGAAUAAAUACACAUAUUGAUGGAAACGUAUUUGAUAUGCAAAGUAUUGUUGAUGAUUCAAAAGCUCAUUUAGGGGGAUGGACUUUUGUUAGUAAUGAUGAGUUAUGA